CCUGGGUUGCAGAGGAAAGAGACAGGCGAUAUCAUUUCAUUUCCAAUUCCCUUUUUCACGGGGGCAUACUUAAUAUUCUCCGGCUCGCCCCUGCUUACCAAGCACACCAUGGCCGCCGCUCCUGCCGGAGGUCCGAGCACGAGCAGCACCACGUGGACCGCUAGCGCCAAGACUGACGAAGAGCAUGCUCGCACUUGCAACUGCCCCCGCACCCGCACGCGCGAGCCCCAUCGUCACCAGCACCAGGUCCCGCCGUGGGCAUCGCUCGCGACGGGCGCUGUGUCCGGCCUGGCGUCGUGCCUGCUGCUGCAGCCCAUGGACCUGCUCAAGACGCGCCUACAACAGGAAUCGCGGCGGCAAGGGCAGCGACAGCGGCAGCACAUGGCGGAAAGCCGCACAGCGCGUCUGCUGCGCACCGCGCACGACAUCUGGGCCGCCGAAGGCGCGCGCGGAUUCUGGCGCGGCACGGCACCGACCGUGGCGCGCAACGUGCCAGGUGUCGCCGUAUACUUUUACGGCGUCAGCGAGCUGCGAGCAGCCGUCGCGUGCCGCCGCGUGCCGUUCCUGUCCCAGCAGCAGCGGGACCACGUGGUCGCUGCGCCAGGAGGCACGCCUGCGUCGCCGCUCGCUAAGCUCAGCACAGCGGGCAACCUGCUGACGGGCGCUGUCGCGCGCGUCGCCGUCGGCUUUCUCCUCGCCCCCGUCACGGUCGUCAAGGCAAAGAUGGAGUCGAGCGCCGCGCGCGCCGACCCGGCUUCAUACGCGACGCUCCGCUCAUCGCUCGCGUACAUCUAUUCUACGCAAGGCGGCGUCCGCGCGCUGUACCAAGGCUUUGGUGCGACGGCACUACGCGACGCACCGUACGCCGGCAUCUACCUUGCCCUGUACGAGUGGAGCAAGGUGACGCUCUCCCGCAGCGCUGCAUGCCGUGAGCAGCUCGCGUGGACAGCGUCCGCGUCCGGCUUGCUCGCCGGCGCGCUCGCCACGCUCCUCACGCACCCUUUUGACAUCAUCAAGACGCGCAUCCAGACGCAGCAGCAGCAGCCGCACAUACGCAGUACGCUCGGCAUGGCGCGCCGCAUCCUCGCGCAUGACGGCCUGCAGGCCUUCGCCGACGGGCUCGGCCUGCGUUGCGCCCGCAAGGCCGCCAGCAGCGCCAUCGCGUGGAGCAUCUUUGAGCUCGGCACGCGCGCCUGGCUCGACGCCGCCGCCGCCGAUGCCGAUCCGCCUGGCAGACGGCGAUAGCAUGGACAUACCAAACGCAAAGGCAAGUACGCACAUGCAAACGCGAGCUUCGCUACGGGCCGUGCAAGGUGUAUGCAUUCGAGAAACUGAUGAGAUGCAUAUGCUUGAGAGAGAAUGAUGAGCAGGAUUACCAUUGUAAAAGAUGAUAAAUGUGAUGAUG